UUUGGCAAACUUUGCAAAAGUAUAGUGAAAGAGGAACUGAAGGGUUGGACGAUGUGUUCGGUGGGGAAGAAGACGUUCGCCAUAAUAAGCGCCGUCUGUCACGAGAAUGGCAUCGGAUGUGAAGGCCGUCUUCCGUGGCGUCUGAAGGAAGAGAUGGCUUACUUCACGCGAAUCACGAGUACAGCAAUCGAUGGCAGACAGAAUGCUGUGAUUAUGGGACGCAAGACAUGGGAAUCGAUUCCUCCGAAGUUUAAGCCAUUGGCCGGUCGUCUGAAUGUAGUGUUGAGUCAAUCACUGGAUCAGUUGCCCAAAGGAGCGCACCGUUUGUCUCCCACUUUGAAGCAAUCCAUUGAAGAGCUAUCGAGUGAUGAG